GGCUGCUUUCGGUUAUUGCUGGAAUCGCCGCAACUGCUACCGGAGACACUUCCACGUGUGGACGCAAUUAAAGUCCCAAGGCUUGGCUCCCAGUGGAGAAGACGAAUACAGUCUCACACAGCAUGAGGCCUGGUUAGUCACGGGGGGACAAAAUCGAACCCCGACAGGUAGCAAAUGUGCUGCAGGCCUGAGUUGACGCAUUCCGCAAGGGUCAAAGACUUGUGCAAGUUAUCCAUUGCUGAAGCUAUCGACAAGUAUCCAUAUCUCAGGGACAUUGAAUGGUUGCUUGAGGAUUUCAAGCAACUUCUGAAGAAAGAUGGGAAUGAAGCGGUCGAGGCGGCGUUCCAUAAGAUUGUGAAACUUGCUCUAAGAAGAGACCAAGGGGGCUCCAAAAAAGACCUGAAGCCUUUACUUGAAAUUGACCCGCCAGGAACCGGUGCAAGACGCAAGAAACGUGCUGCUACACACGCAUUUCUCGAAUGGUGCAAGCUAAGUGUAAAUACGUUCAGGCCGUACGUGCCCUGGAACUCCUGGCAAGAGUACUUAAGCAGCCUAUAGUGCAACUCACAGAUGUCUUUGCCUUCGGAGGCGAAGAAACCACUUACCCCUUGCAUCGUAUUUUCGGGCCCGAGUUUCAAAGGGGCCGAAGCGCUCUUCCUCUACAUCGAGAAAAGUCGACUGUUGCGCGUCAUAGAUGCAGUGGAAGGGACCACAGCAAUCAUGACCGCCCAGGGGAUGUUUAAUUCAAAGUACAACAGAAAAGCAUUUAAUAUUUCUUGUGUUUUGGAACACCUAUUUUAAGGGGUUUCGAUUUCAAGGCCCAGGAGCAUCGCCCAACGCUCCUGGGCCUUUAAAGAUUGGGUAACCGGUACAUAUAACGGGUGUUUCAGCAAAGACUGACAAAAAUUCCUAAAAUUAGUGUAAUCAAGGUAAAAGUAAUUUUCUCGGGACAGCAUUACUCUUGGUGGCAGACGUCAGAAAAUGUGCGAUACUUACUAGUUAGUGCGGUACUUCAUCACAUAUAACUAAUUAACUUCAUAUUAAGUGAAAAUAAACAUAUGGCUCGAACUAGAACCUUGCUGAGCGUCAUCGAAAACCACUUAAUCAGUAAUUUUCAGAAAUAUUCAGGACGUAGGAAGCGUAGUAUGCUAAAGUUACCACUCGUGGAACAGAUACAAGGCUAGGGCUCUGAGAAGAGACGGAAGAAUCGCUCGGGCGCCUUAUCAGACCGCUAUCUGCUGCACGAGUGGUAACUUCAGCGCACCACUACGCUU